AUGGUAAUUCUUGUAAAUGCAAACUAUACUAGAUCGUACGCAAAUCACCAGCUGUGGCGUCUGCAUGUCACUAACAGAGAACAGCUUGCUAAAAUACUCGCUUUCAGUCGUAUAGCUCACUUGCAUGAUAUCAACUUUUGGUCAGAACACUUUCGCAUUCAUGAACCAAUUGAUGUUCGUGUACCACCUGAAGCAAUCGAUGGUUUUGCUGAUUUCUUGACAUCGGACGGUGUGAAAAUCAAACAUGUGGUGCACAUGGCUGAUAUUGGUGCAAUAAUUGAAAGGCAACGAAUUUUACAAAAUUUACCUCCAUCAUCAUCGAAUCCGAAUGAUUUUGCCUACGAUAAGUAUCACACCGUUGAAGACAUUCAUGCAUGGGUUGAUCAAAUCGUUGCGACUUAUCCGGAAAUAGUCACACCGUUUACCGUCGGGAAAUCAUACGAAAAUAGAGACAUGAAAGGCUUCAAAAUUUCAUCAAAGAAGAUGGCAACUAAGCGUGAUGGCACCAAAGCCACCACGAAAAAGGCUGUCUGGUGGGAUGGAGGCGGUGCUUCGUCUGAUCCUUGUGCAGACACUUUCUGUGGCGAAAAAGCAUUUUCUGAAAUUGAAACAGCUCAAGUAGCAAAAUUUAUCACUAAUCAACAGGGUACAAUUGUGCACUAUAUCAAUUUUCAUUCGUACUCACAAUUGUGGAUGUCACCAUGGUCAUAUACAACUUUGAUACCACCACAAUUCAAAUUACAAGAUGAUGGAUCUAUUCAAGCUAUCACCGCACUCACUGCCGUGCAUGGUACCCGGUACCAGCAUGGCACUAUUGCUCAAAUUAUCUACGCUGCAUCGGGUAGUACAGCCGAUUGGACCUAUGGUACAGCCAAUGUAACAUUUAGUUACGGUGUCGAACUUCGUGAUACUGGUAAGUGUAAUUAUUCAAGUUUAACGAACUGCUAUCGAAUCCUUGUUCAAUAG